AUGACUUCGAGGUUGGACCGGCUCCUCCUUCUACUAGAUACGGGCUCUUCCACCUCCGUGAGGUCGACAGCCGCGAAGCAGCUCGCUCAGCUAGCAGCCAAGUCCGUGAUAACUGAUGUUGCCAUCGAGGAGGAUGUCAAGGCAGCCCGGGCAAACGUGCCUCGAGUGGAUCCAACGGGGUGGUCUGAAUUGAUGGCUGUAGUAGCUCGAAUAUUACCUUAUUUGCAUUCCAAAUCGCAUGAUACUCGAACGGCAGCUUCGGUCGCUCUUUCACAUAUUUUCUCGCUGGUUCCGCUAUGGCAACCUUCACCACCAGAUCAAGACGGCAAAGACGGCGCCGCACCUGCGCAGGAUGGGGAGACGGUUCUCAAACCACCGGACUUUCCCCUCUUUUCGGUGCAGGAAUUAAUGCAAAGAGGCACUCUACUCUUAGCCUCUUCGGGAAAAGAGUUCACGAAGCCUACUGGUAUCCUUGCUAACACCGCAGAGGUAAAGAAAGCUCGCAAGGAAGCUAUGAGUAGGCUGGGUCUCGACUUCUUAGAUAGCGUAGGCGGCGGCGAAGACAUGGACCUGGAUAAGGAGCUCGCUGCCGAGGAAUCAGAGAUGGAGGUUGAUGGCGGCGGCGGCGGCGGCAUUAAAGACGAGGAUGAAGGACCAAAGUGCGCGCUGCCUCCACCAGUCGUCGAGACUCCGGACGUGAAGAUGAAAGAGGAAGCGACUCCGUCUUCGCGACCGGGAUCUGCUACGCCAGGACCUUCGACCCAAGCUUCUAUGUCUGCAGCCGAAGAGGACCUAAGUGGUCUGUCUGCUAGGGAGCGUAACCGCUUGAAGAGGAAACGAAAGCCUGGAAACGCUGCCUUCGUCGCUGCUCCUCCUCCUCCGACUCAGGGCUCAGGAUCGAAGUACAAUGCCACGCCUGCUGGCGGUCAGUCAAAUAAAGCUCGUCUCGUUGCCGCCGAGGAGAACAAUGCUCGCUCUACGUCAGGUGUCACAAGUCCGCGCUCCCCAUCGGACGAGGCGGCAGACAAAGUUGUCAUCGACCCGACAAAGGGUGGUGCUGUGAUGCCCAAGGCAACUCAGCAGUCGAAUGCGCUAGACGUACAGCCUGGGUGCUGGAUUUGGGACGGUGUAGUCAAAGUGUUGGAAAUCGACUUAUUCAGUCCUCAAUGGGAGGUCCGGCAUGGGGCUGCGCUUGCGCUGCGGGAAUUGCUGAAGAUCCAAGGGAAGUACGGCGGGAUGAAAGAUGGUUUAUCAACUGCCGAGAAUGACGUCGCCCAUGAAGCAUGGUGUAAUGACCUUGCUGCAAAGCUCCUUUGCAUAUUCGUACUUGACCGUUUCGGCGACUUCGUAUCGGACCAGGUCGUUGCACCUGUCCGCGAGACAGUCUCGCAAACUCUGGCGUCGCUCCUUCUCCACAUGCCCCGUCGAUCGGUUCUGCACGUCCAUUCCAUUCUCUUGCAGAUGAUACGGCAGAAUUUUGGCGCGGACGAAAGCAAAGCGAACGAUCCUCACACACUGGUUUGGGAAGUGCGCCACGCUGGGCUGCUCGGUAUCAAGUAUGAGGUGGCGGUGAGGAGUGACCUAGUGGAGGCGGCUUCGACGGAAGAAGACAUUAAAGCGGAGGAUGGACUUGCCGCGUCGGAUUUGUCGGGGAAGGAGGUGUUGCGUGGCAUAGUCGACGCGGCCGUCCUUGGCCUAGGUGACCGUGAUGACGAUGUACGCUCCGUUGCAGCAUCCUGUUUAUCACCCGUUGCUUCCCACCUGGUGCAACGUUUGCCGGAAGCGCUGUGCCAAGUUCUCUCAGUCCUAUGGAACUGCUUGAGGGACAUGAAGGAUGACCUGAGCUCAAGUGUAGGCGCGGUUAUGGACUUGCUUGGAAAGCUCGUCACCUACGACGAAGUCAUCCGUAUUCUUGCCAAUGAGGAACUGUCGUAUUCACUCAGCGUCCUCGCUCCUACGCUCUUCCCUUUCUUUCGACACACCAUCUCAAACGUCCGGCUCGCGGUAGUCGAAACGCUGCAGUCGUUUAUGACCGUCCCGUCCCUGCCAAAGGACUGGGUCUCAGCUCCAUUCCUGUGCCUCCUGUUCCAAAAUCUUAUAGUCGAGGAGCGCCCGGAUAUCCGAAGCGCCACUCUGAUUGCAUGGCGGACGGCCGUCUCCAUCCUUGUGCAUGCACCCGGUCGAAUGGAAAAUGCUGUGACGUCGCAGUUGCUUCUCGAUUGGCAUGGCUACCUUAUGACGCCUGUCGGUACUCCAAUAGAGGCAUCGCGGUUCUAUCAUCCCACCUCCCUAGGGGACGACCUUGGGGUGGAACGACACAACGUCGACAAGAGUAUGCUGGCGCAGGACAUGUCACUCGUCACCUUCGAUGUAGUGAUCAAAGCUCGCAUAGCUGCUUGUAAGGCCCUGGCCUGCUUGAUGGUAUCCUGGCCCAGCGAGCAAAUGGAAGAGACUUUCAGACCAUUCAUCUGCCACUACGCAGGCUCUUCUAGCAUGUACCAGAAGUUCUUCGCCGCCGUCAUCGCUGAAGAGUGGGCUCGUGAAUGCGACAAAGGGUCUGAUCCAUCGUCCAUGCUCAUCGAACGUUCCGCGUUGGCCCGGGAGCUCAGCAAUGCGAUGCUGUCGUGGUUACAGAACGAGCCGCCUGAGGCCUACCACGAGAUGAUCUUAACGCUUGCACGCAUUCAUCAAGAAUGUUAUCAGCUGCUACAAUCUUUCGUACAUGACUACAAAGUUUCACCUGACGCUAUUCCGGUCUUGGGCAUGGAAGUAGACGUGACAGGGACCAAGGAAGGACACUUCAGUAUUCAUACCGCUCGAGAUGCCGUUGGUCCAAUGUUCACAAAGCUGAAGGAUGGCCUCGGUCGGACGAAGAAGAAGAAGGACUUGUCGGCCGUAAACGAGAAGCGAAAUAAGGUCCUAGCCAGCAUUGAACGCUACGCGGAGAUGAAAGCACAGUAUGACAACCGUGUUUCUGCUGCGUUCGCCGCCGCAUUCGUAGCAUUCAAGGGUACACCUGAGAAGGUCAGCCCAGUCGUCAAGGGUAUCAUGAACGGUAUCAAGAAUGAAGAAAAUGAAGAUCUACAACGCCGCUGCGCAGUUGCCGUAGCUUCGUUUAUUGAGUUCUGUGCUCAUCAUAAUCUUACUCAACCACCCGAUAAGAUCGUCAAAAACCUUUGUACUUUCUUAUGUCAGGAUACGGAACAUACACCAACCUUUGCUUACCAUCGCAAGGUCAUGGACGGUAUCCUGUCUUUCCACGGUGCAUCCCGUGGUGGCCACGCAAAUGGGAAGGAUGCCGCAAGAAAGGAAGAAUCCGUUGCACCUGAUGAAGCCUUCAAGUCGAGGUUAUCAAGACGCGGGGCAUCGUUGGCUUUCGUGGAGCUCUCAAAUAGCUUUGGUGUCAGGUUACUUGAGGUUAUCCCAGGGAUGUGGCAUUGCAUGGCCGGCGGUUUGCUCAGCGCCUGUUCGACUGAGUCAACGGCUCAAGCAGACGGCUCGAUUGAGAAGCAGUUUGGACAAGAUGUCAUUGACUCUUUGAGCGUCAUCGAGACCGUAGUCCCGAGCUUGCACGAGGAGUUAUGGCAAAGAAUCAUCGACAUCUUCCCGAACAUAAUUAUGGCCCUCAGGAGCAAAUUCGCUAUCAUCCGUCAAUCUGCCGCUCGCUGUUUCGCUACCAUCUGCGAUGUCAUGCCAAUGCAAGGCAUGAAGUACGUUAUAGAGAACGUGAUACCUCUCCUCGGGGAUGAUGUUGUCCCCUCGAACCGGCAGGGUGCAACAGAACUGAUGUACCACAUCGUUCAGAAGUUGGAUAUAAAAGCUCUACCAUACGUCUUGUUCAUGAUUGUACCCGUUCUGGGCAGAAUGAGCGAUCCGGACGACGAGGUUCGAGCGACUGCUACCAAUACCUUCGCAUCGCUUGUUAAGAUGGUCCCAUUAGAGGCUGGCCUUCCGGACCCUCCAGGAUUCUCCGAAGAGCUGCUCAAGCGCCGAGAACAGGAGAGACAAUUCCUUACCCAACUACUGGACGGCAGCAAAGUUGAGCAAUACGUACUUCCCGUUCCAAUCAAAGCGGAAUUGCGCAAAUAUCAGCAAGAGGGCGUCAACUGGCUGGCAUUCCUCGCAAAAUAUCAGCUACACGGUAUCCUUUGUGACGAUAUGGGAUUGGGCAAGACGCUGCAAUCAAUAUGCAUCCUAGCCAGCAAACAUCAGGAGCGCGCAGAGAGGUAUAAAGAAACCCAUUCACCGGACUCCGUUCAUCUACCCUCGCUCAUUAUCUGCCCCCCGACCCUGACGGGACACUGGUACUAUGAGAUCCUCAAGUACACGGAUACUCUGAAGCCAAUGUUGUACACGGGCAACGCGCGCGAGCGUACUAAGUUGCUGAAGAGGUUCUCUCAACACGACGUCGUUAUCACUUCCUAUGAGGUAAUACGUAACGACAUCCAAAGCUUGCAGGACUUGCAUUGGCAUUACUGCAUACUAGACGAAGGGCAUAUCAUAAAGAACGCCAAGACGAAACUGACUCAGGCCGUUAAACGGAUAAAAGCACACCACCGCUUGAUCCUUUCCGGCACACCGAUCCAGAACAACGUGCUUGAGUUAUGGAGUCUGUUUGACUUCCUUAUGCCGGGUUUCUUAGGAUCGGAGUCUUGGUUCAAUGAAAAGUUCAGCAAGCCUAUUCUGUCGAACCGCGAUGGAAAGGCGAAGACGGGCGAAGCAGCUGCGUUGGCUCUCGAAGCGCUACAUAAGCAAGUCCUGCCCUUCCUCCUGCGACGACUUAAGGAAGACGUGUUGCACGACCUCCCGCCCAAGAUCAUCCAAGACUACUAUUGCGAAUUGUCAGACUUGCAAAAGUACCUAUAUGAUGAUUUCUCCAAGUCCCAGGCGGGUAUAAGUGCUGAGGACGUGGUGAAAUCAGUGCAACCCGCGAAGGGUAAAGAACAGCACGUCUUCCAAUCGUUGCAGUACUUGCGAAAGUUGUGCAACCAUCCAGCUUUGGUUCUCAAAGACCCUGAGGCCAUAAAGGAGGCCAUGACGAGAGCAUCGCUAAAGGGCGACCAUGGCACUUUAAGCGAAAUCCACAAUGCUCCGAAGUUGCUUGCAUUGAGGCAACUACUAAAUGAUUGUGGUAUCGGCUGCGCCCCCGGAUCGGUAACCGAAGGGUCGAAGAGUGAGCUCGCAGAGACGGUCCCAACCUCGACCGGUGCAUUCUCGCAGCAUCGUGCUCUGAUUUUCUGCCAGAUGAAGCAAAUGAUCGACAUUAUCGAGCACGAUUUGUUCAAACAGUACAUGCCUUCGGUUACAUACAUGAGGCUCGACGGGAACACGGACGCCAGCAAGCGCCACGCCAUAGUGCAGACUUUCAACUCAGAUCCUAGCAUCGACUGUCUUUUGCUUACCACACAUGUCGGUGGCCUUGGGUUAACGCUUACUGGCGCUGACACUGUGAUCUUCGUGGAGCAUGACUGGAACCCGAUGAAAGAUCUGCAGGCAAUGGACCGCGCGCAUCGCAUUGGUCAGAAAAAGGUCGUCAAUGUGUAUCGUCUCAUUACCAAGGGUACCCUGGAAGAGAAGAUUAUGGGGCUACAGCGCUUCAAACUGAACAUCGCCAACUCUGUGGUGACACAACAGAACUCUGGCCUCGCUUCUAUGGACACGGACUUGGUCCUUGACCUUUUUAGACGGACAUCGGAAGAGGAAGACGCCGCCGCCGCUGUGAAACGCAAAGACAAGGACGUUUCUUCCAGCGCCGGAGCGGCGCCGCAUAAGAACGUCCUGCAAGGCCUGGAGGAUCUACCCCCGGAGGAGGAGUACGAAGCUCUCAGCCUGAACAGCUUCAUGAGUUCGCUAGGGAACGAAAAUUAGAGGUGGGCAAUAGAUGUUAUAUGUAUUAAUGUCUAAUCGUUGCGUCGCACUGUUUUCGAGCACCAUGAACUGAUCUAGAAUGCAU